AUUCUGCCAGUCUCCCAAGGUCGGAGCUUGAACCCUGCGAGAUAAAGUCAAAACCACCCCCCUCUUUUCCCAGCCAUGCAAACUGCGGGAUGAAGCUGGAAGCUGUGGUCGAGCAGCUGCAGAAGCAGCAGCAGAAGCAGCAAACGCCUCUGCAGAUGGAUUCCAGGGAGAGACAGCAGAGGCAGAUGAGGGAAGCCCAGCUGCUCUACACGCAGCAGCUGGCCGUGCAGCAGGCUGUCCUAGCAGCCACAUCUGGCAGGGCUUCAGGCGGCUCCACUGUUGGUCCCUUGGCCAGAGGCCCACCUGCAGCCGGAGCUACACGGGCUUUUGAUCAGAGCAGCAUGAAUUCUGAGCCAGAAGAGGAGGAGGAGGAUGAAGAGGAGGAGGAGGAAGAAGAGGAAGAGGAGGAGGAAGAAGAAGGGGGUUUAGAAGGCGGCGAUCUUGAGGAUGGCGCUGAUGUGACUGGGAAAGAAACCUGCUCUGCUCUGAAAUAUUUCCAUGCUUCCAAAGUUGCCCAUCACAACCAAAGAGUGGCUUCUACCUCGAAUCCUCUGCCAGCAUCAGGCCUCCAGCGGGGACAGCAGGGCAAGGAAGAACAGGGUAAAGACACUAGUAAGCAGCCGUAUGCCGGUUCCCCGUCUGGACGCCAGAACUGGCGCUUGGAUGAGCAGCUCAAGCAGAAUGGCAGCGUGACCUGGAGCGAUGAAGGUGAUGGAUGCAGAGGAAGAGAAAUUUCCCGAGACUUUGCCAAGCUCUAUGAACUGGAUAGUGACCCUGAACGGAAAGAGUUCCUGGAUGACCUCUUCAUCUUCAUGCAGAAGAGGGGAACUCCCAUCAAUCGGAUCCCCAUCAUGGCAAAGCAGAUCCUGGAUCUCUACAUGCUCUAUAAGCUGGUGACUGAGAAAGGAGGGCUGGUGGAAAUCAUCAACAAGAAGAUCUGGCGAGAGAUCACCAAAGGCCUUAAUUUGCCCACCUCCAUCACCAGCGCCGCCUUCACGCUUCGAACCCAGUACAUGAAGUACCUCUAUGCCUACGAAUGCGAGAAGAAAUCCCUCAGCUCUCCUGCUGAGCUUCAGGCUGCAAUCGAUGGCAACAGGCGGGAGGGCAGGCGGCCCAGCUACAGCUCCUCUCUGUUCAGCUACUCCCCCAGCACCACGGGGCCUCCUUCCCUCCUGUCUCCCCCUAAGAUCCGCUUCCCCAUCAUCGGCGUGGCGCCGGGCAGCGGGACCAGCAACCCUCGGGUGUCUCCGGCAGCAGCCGUCAGGAAAGGUGACAGUGUGCCCUUGACUGUGUCUAUGCCAAAUCGUAUUGCUGUGCCAGUGACCUUGGCUAGCCAGCAGGCAACUGUGGCAGCAAGAACAGCCACCCUGGAGCAGCUGAGGGAGAGGCUGGAGUCGGGAGAGCCUCCGGAGAAGAAGGUGUCCCGGAUGAGCGAGGAGGAGCAGCGGCUUGUGCAGCAGGCUCUUCAGCGCAACCUCUUCAGCAUGGCGCGGCAGAUCCCCAUGAAGAUCAAAAUCAAUGGCAAGGAAGGCAAAGCAGACUCGGCGGCAGCAGCGGCGCUGAACGUGUCACCUAAUGGCAUUGGGAGCAUCAACAUGUCCGUGGAGAUCAACGGCACGACUUACGCUGGAGUGCUCUUUGCCCAGAAGCCCGUCGUCCACCUCAUUGCAGGCUCCAGCACCCAAAGCUCGUGCAGCAGCAGCAGCAGCUCCCACUGCUCUCCCAGCCCUACCUCAUCGCGGGGAACCCCCGGCGCAGAGCCCUCCACCAGCUGGUCUCUCUGAUGGAAGGCCCGGCCCUCCUGUCUCACACUGGCCUCCAGCUUCCUCCCUGCCCCUCCGCAGGGAGCGAGCCAGGAAGGAGUCGCACAGAUUUACCUCAUCUCAAGGAACCUGGUUUUGGGCUUGGCCAACGGCAAGAUGAUGAUGAUGAUGCUGCUGCUGCUGAAACCUUUCCAUGCCAGCAAGUUUUUCCUCAUCGUCUGUUUGCCCAGCCUUUAUUCUUUGUUCUCCCCUUUCUUUCCUCCCUUUUGCUGUUUGUUUUCUUCCUCCUCCUCCUCCUCCCACGCUUUGCUGUGUUCCUGUUGGGGUGGGACAUGGAGGGGGGGGGCAUGCCUGGCGUUUUCCAAUCAGGGAUCAUCUCUAGGAGCUGCGGGAUGGGUGAGAGAUGGCCAAGACGUCACCAAGGCAGGUGGAAAGAGCUGGAGAUGGGGCAGGGAAACUUGGUUCUCCUUGAACCAGCAGCCACUGGGCUCUUCCCACAAAACAUCCCCAUGUAUUGACAAUCCUGAGACCCCAUCCUCAUGUGGCUUGUGCUGCAGAAGGCCAAAAGCCUCCUCACUUUUCCUCUUCAGGCUCUGCUGUUCUCUGGUGUUCAUAUGUUGAACACGUGCUCUUGGCUUAGGAGCCAACUUCUUCUUUGAGGCCUUGGCAAGAAGAGAGGCACCUUCUCACUGCUACGUUUGACCCAUAGACACAUUAAAAACCAUCACAUCAGCUACUUCACCCUCCUGGCUGGUGCUGGCCACAUCACUCCUGUUGCCUUCAGGCUUUCAGCCGAGUUUCAAAUGCCCUUCAGCUUGUCUGUCUCUCCCAUUGAGGAACUCAUCCCACUGACAUUCACCCUGGACUGCCGGUGGCUUGGUGCUUUGAUCCCCUGCCCCCUUGACACAACCUUAGCUUGAUGGAGGCUUCUCAGGGUGACUUCCUUCUCAUGAGGGGUCUUUCAGUAGCCCCUGGAAGAAGCUCUCCACAUCUGGACACCAAGACAGCAGAGGGUGAUGCGUAGAUGUAAUCCAGCAGGUCUGCGGGGUGCGUGCAGGCAUCACGGUUAACAUCACACACAUCUUCUUGCUGGUCUCUGAACAAGCCCAGUCCCCUUCUAAUUGCACGUGAGCAAAAAGCAAGCAGCUUUCAGUGGAGCUGAGACCUUUUGCUCUGCUGGGUGGAAGCAGACAAAAGGAAAUCAAGCCCUUCCUUGCCCUUGUUCCCCUCAGACCUCCAGCUGCCAGCAAGCAAAGGCUGGCCCUGGCUCUCCGUAGUGACUCCAUGAGCUCAGGUGGUCUCCUCCUGUCCCUCUUCUUCUUUGGCCUUCCCCAGCCUGGAGAUGGGGUGCAAGCACCAUCCUGCCCCGGUGACGUCCUUCCCAUCCUCCAGACCCGAGUCAGGUUUUGUUGAGCAGAUGAAAUACCUCAGAUAUGUA